AUGACUAUGAAUGAUUCUACUGUGUCUCCUGCAGAACAGAACAAGAGUUCAGAUGUUCAAGCUGUUGGAAGCGAGCUUUCAUACGGAGGAGCUGUAGAGCGACUUCGUCAGGAGGUUCAUGGGUUGAUCGCUGAAGUUGCGAACAGUGGGGACAAGUCGGACGAAGAGGUCGACGCUUUGAAGGCUGCCCUGUCAAAGAAGUGCUCUAACUUGGAGGCUAUAGAGAAAGCUCUCUCUAUGGUCACACCUAACCAGAGUCCUUCCCAAGUAACAGUGGUUAGUCAAGGUGCGGCUAAUAGUUCAACUGUACCUGAUGAUCUUCCUUUGUUCCAAUGGUUUGGACGUGUCAAAGAUGAAAAAAAGGAAGUUUUUGCCAACAUUGAGGAGUGUUGUCGCCGGUUUUCCGAUAAGUUGAGCAGUUGCACGCUUGAUCUUGACGAACACUGGUAUCGUUUGCUUCCUCCUUGUCUUCCCGGCGAUCUUCGCAAUUGGCUUGAUGAGUUUGUGAAAGCAUCUGGCUCCACUGUGUCUUGGGCUACCUUGAAGGGAGCUAUCAUCGGUCGUUUUGGUACACCAAAAGAACAGCUCAGAUUCGAAAGAAUUAGGGAGUUUCUUCGUUGUACUAAAGAAAACGAAGAAUCCGUUGAUGGUUUCGUAGAGCGGUUUAAGACGUUGAGAAAUAGAGCUGACAUCAGUGAUAAGGGUGUCGUAGCGAUGGUGUUUUUUGACGCUUUCCCCAAGGUUACCGCUAGGUUGCUAAUGGUUGCUAUGAGUCAGGCACCAGAAUCGUCAUUUUAUGACAUUGAUUAUGUGUCCUCUCUCGUGCGCAAGAUGGAUAUGAUGGCUAUUGAGACGGGUCAAGAAUCUUUGGGCUCUGUUUUUGAUGGAAGAAAACGCGCUGCUGACAUACCUGUUUCGAACGAAGCAAAGAAGUCUCGGUACGCACCUUCUUCUAGUGGAAACGCUCUGCAAAGUAGCUCUUCGUCGAGAUCCAAUGGUCCCUCGUCCAACUCUCCACGUUCUAGUGCUAAUCGUUUUGGCAAAACAUUUGCUGAACAUGUUGCUGAAGGGACUUGCUCCAAAUGUAACGGUCCUCGACCAAAGGGGCAGAUGUAUCACUGCAACACUGCUAUUCGUACUGGUGGUGGUAACACCCAUCAGGGCAAUGGUGGUAAAAAAGUUUUGCGUGCCAUGACUAAGAAACGUGGUGGCAAACAUUCGAUGGAUGCUGCAAUCCAAGCUGCUUUUCUCUCUGCUCGUGUUGAUCGUGCGUUAGCUGAGAAAGGUGCUUCUUCCCCUGCUGUCUCCUCUGCUGAACAAUCGGUGGAUGAGGUUGUCCUUGCUCCUUCUUCUGGUGAUAGUGACAAUGUUGAUGUUGACCAAGAUGCUGUGAUGAGUGAAGCUCAUGGUAUCUUUGAGGAUACUGACCUGGUGAAUCGUGCCCAGUCUAUUCUUCUUGAAAAAGAGAUGAGUAGCAUGUCUGUGGACGACGAUACGCUACAAAAUAUAUUUGCUCAGCAAUGUAAGUUCGAUGCUAGAUUUAGUGCUCCACCUACUAUGACCACCAAUGCUAUUUGUGUUCCUAUUGUGGUUCAAAAUGUCAUUUGCUUUGGCUUAGUGGAUACGGGUGCUACGUUUUCGUGCGUCACUGACAAGUUCUUUCAAUUCUUAGGAGGAACCUCUCUUGCUGGAUUUGAGGCUAAUGAUGAUGAUGAGAGCUUUGUUCAAAUGGCUCAUGAAGUAACGACUGUGCCUAGAAUAGGUGCGGUACGUUUGCACAUUAGCUACAAUAAAUCAAAUAAAAACCAUUUGUUUGAAGUAUUUCCAUUCUAUUCUGAGGAAAACGUACCUGUAUUGCUUGGUAUGGAUAUUUUGUCCAAGCUUGGCAUUGGUCUUACGGGCUUGGUGAGUCAACAUGGCUUUCAAUCAGGUCCUCGUGUACCAGACCCUAUUGAUGAUGGUAUUACUCCAAACGCACAUCCUUUUGGUAGUGAGGAAGAGAGACAGCCGUUUCUACUUGCACUAAAGGGGUUAUUAGAAGAGAAUUCGCGCAUUGAUAUGAAGAAUACUCAGUGUAAUCUGCCGGAUUCGAUUAUUAAGCUUGAUACUAAACCAGGUGCUGUCGCUUGGCGAGCUCAAUAUCCUUUGCCUGAAGCUUAUCGUGAUGCUGUUGCCAAACAAAUUCAGAUAUGGCUUGAUGAGGGUGUUGUUGAAAGAUCUGCUAGUCAUACACGUUUCAAUCAUCCAUUGUUGGUUGUAAAGAAAAAGGACGCUGAUGGUAAUUACACAAUGUCUAAGCCUAGAGUGGUGUGUGACGUUCGUAAGUUGAAUGCUAUCUUGGAAGUGGAUGACAAACAACAGUUACCUUUGAUCUCUCAUAUCCAUCAGAGCAUUGGUACGAAAAUGAUUCAUACUUGUCUCGAUAUCCAUGCUUGCUUUACUAGCUUUGGUUUGGAUCCAGAGCAAGCUCAUAAAGUUUCAUUUACUUGUCCCUUCACGAAUAUCCAAUACACCCAUAAAAAGGCUGCUUAUGGAAUUCGCCAUGUCGGAUCGGUGGUUGUACGCACAUUGCAAACACUGCUCUCUGAUUUGAAUACAAGCUCUAGUUCUACUUCGUUUCCUACUGAUGGUGAUCACUCGGUUUCCUGCUAUGUAGAUGACAUCUUAUGCAGUAGUAAUGGGAGCCUACAAGAUCACUAUGCGUUGGUUGCUGAGGUAAUUCGUCGUUUAACCGAUGCUAAUUUGGUGCUCAAUCCUGAGAAAGUCGUCUUCGCUCAGCGUAGUAUUUAUCUCUUGGGAUGGAGUGUUAUUAAUGGUAAAUUACUGCCUGACGGUAGAAAACUUACCAACAUUGCAGAUUGGCCGGCUAUUACCACUGGUCGUCAAUUGGCAUCUUUCUUGGGUUUAAUGUCGUACUUUCGUGCUGCCAUUCCAUGUUAUUCUCGUCUGACUCGAGAUCUUGAUAGCUUGAAACAGUACAAAGAUCUAACAGAUGUUUGGAAUGAGUCUCAUACAAAAGCGAUUGCCGACUUGAAGGAUGCACUUACGAUGGCACUUGUGCUGUCACCUCCUGAUUUUUCGAUUCGAUUUCACUUGGCUACUGAUGCUAGUUUAACUGCUCUUGGCGCGGUUUUAUAUCAAGUGGUCAACGAUGAAAUUCGAUAUGUAGGUCUCGUAUCUCGUAAAUUGUCUGUUUCUGAGCGUAACUACAGUACUACGAAAAGGGAAUUGCUAGGGAUUUGCUAUGCCUUGGUUAAGUUUCAUCGUUUUCUGUAUAUGCGAGAGUUUACCUUACAUACGGACCAUAAGAGUCUGAUCUACUUGAAUACACAGGAAGUCCCCAAUGCACUCAUGCUUGGAUGGUGGGAGACCAUUUUUUCUUAUACUUUCGAUAUUGUGCAUUUGCCCGGUGUCCUUAACGUAAUUCCUGAUGCUUUAUCUCGACUUUACGAAGAUUCGGAUGCUGAUGCUUCAGCACGACAUCUUCUGGGGGGCAGGUACUAUGCUGAUGGUGGUGAAAGUGUAAAAAGAAAGAAAAAGGGUUCCAAAAACAAACUCAAGGUUGUCACACCUUCGCCUCCAAUGAAACGUACUUUGGUCAAGACAACUAAGGCGUUACGAUCUAAUUCUUUUAGCAACCAUGCACGCACUGCGGUAAACGCUACUCUUAUCAAAGAUGGCACCACCACAGCUGUCUCGCAAAAGCAAAAGGAAUUCACAUUGCGUACGCUUAGGUUUGCUGACUAUAUCACUCCUCCUGCUAAUGAAAGAGACAAUAUGAUCAUUGCUCAGCAUCUGGUUGGACAUUUUGGGAUCAAACAUGUUGAAACUGCAAUUCAUCAUGAAGGGUUUCACUGGGUGAACAUUCGGAAAGACAUAGAAAGAAUAUUAGCCGAUUGUGACGAGUGUAACAGGUACAAUAUCGCUAGAGAGGGAUAUCAUCCUUUCCGUAGUGUCAAUGCAGCCCAACCUUUGGAUCAUUGGUGCAUGGAUCUCGGUGAUAUGGGUGUUACUAGCUCUUUCGGCAGCAACUUUCUAUUUGUCCUUACUGAUUACUUUACGAGAUUUACUGUGAUAAGAUGCAUUCCAGACAAGAAGGCUACGACAAUUGCCAGGGAAAUGCUUCAAGUUUUCUCACUUUUUGGAUGGCCAAUCAAGUUGACUUCAGACAGAGGCCUGGAAUGGAUAAAUGAGGUGGUCCGUGCUAUGAUGGACAUCAGUGGGAUAGACCAUCGCCUGUCAUUAGGGUACAAUCCAUUGGGUAACUCGGUUUCUGAGUCAUUUAUCAAAAUAUGUAAGUUAACGACUAUCAAGUUGUUAAAAGGUAAGAGGGAUCAAUGGGAGCACUUCAUUCCGUGGGUGAAUUACUGCAUCAAUGUCAAGUAUGCUCGGCUACAUAAAUCUCGUCCGUAUACACUUUUGUUUAAUCGUCAACCAAAUGGUCUGGCUGAUUACUCAAAGGUGGACUAUUCCAAACGUUUGGAGAAAGCUGAUAACAGACUCAUUGACAAACGAUACCGUUUUGUACAAGAUGUUCUUAUCCCGGCUAUUUCUAAGCGUAUUGUGGAUACACAAAAUGCUGAUCAUGCUAACUUUGCGAAGAAACAUAAGGUCAUUGCCGAACCCUAUCCUAUUGGUAGUAAAGUUACGAUUAAAAAUGUUCAUCGUCAAAAUAAGUUAGAUGAACGGUAUGAAGGACCUUAUUUGAUUCAUAGUAUAACCGAUAAAGGUUCCUAUGUGCUGGCUGACAAGACGGGUGCACUCCUUAGUCGAGAUGUGCCUACCCAUCAUAUCAAGUACCAAGUCGCUGCGAAUCCUCAGCCAAUCACAAUUGAUGAAUUCUCUGCAGAGCAUUACGAAAUUCAAGCUGUGAUUGAUCAUAGAGGAUCUCCUGGUAACUAUGAGUAUAAGGUAAAAUGGAAAGGGUUCGAUGAUCCUAGUGAAGAUACUUGGGAGCCUGUGAAAAACUUUGAUUCGGCCAAACACAUUGAGCUGUAUUGGGCUCGAAGAGAAGGUGCAAAGGCUGCUGCAGCAACACCAGUAUUAACAACACCAGCAGCAAAACCAGCAGCAAAACCAGUAGCAAAACCAGUAGCAACAACACCAGUAACAACAGCAGUAAGCAACAACACCAGCGACAACACCAGUAGCAACAACAGCAGUAGCGAAACCAGAAGCAGCACCAGAAGCAACACCAGAAGCAAUGCUAGCAGCAACAACAGCAACACCAUAGAAAAACCCGAAGCACGAGCGACACCAGAGAUCCGACAAAGGCUAAAGAAGCAACCGCCAGAGAUAGACACCAACCAAGGAAGCAACUACCAGGCAUAA